CUUGACUGUAAGUCUCUGCGAGCUUAGCCAUUGCGACAAGAUCCCAAAAUGAACAAUUGCAGAGAUGAAGAGCACGGCAAACUCCUCCCCAAUGGAGAGGAGAAUGCAACAUCCCGAACGCCCCUCCUCGGCUCUAAAAGAGCACAGGAUAAUAUGGGCAGGAUCAUGAGCACCAAUUUCAGUGCGCUGACAGCUGGAUUCAAUGACGCCGCUCUAGGAGUUUUGAUUCCUUAUAUCCAACUGACCUACCACGUUGGCCUGCUUCAGGUCUCCAUGAUCUACCUCGUCAACUUCAUAGGGUGGCAGCUGGCCUCCUUCACCAACAUCCACAUCUGCUCACAGAUCGGCACCGGCGGCACCCUGGUCCUUGGGGCCACCAUCCAAUGUAUUGGCUAUGCGCUGAUGUUCUGGGGGCCCCCGUUCCCCCUCUUCGCGGCCGCCUUCUUCUUCACAGGCUGCGGCGUGGCCCUACAGGACGCGCAAAUGAAUACCUACACGAUCACCGUGCAAGACGCCCACCGGUGGCUCGGGAUAUUGCACGCGGUGUACGGCGUCGGCACGAUCCUGGCUCCGUUGAUCGCCAAUACCAUCGCCGCGCGCACUCCGUACUGGCAGCACUACUAUCUCGCUACAAUGGUGGUCGGCGCCGUGAAUCUCUUGUUCCUGGCCUGGACAUUCCGACGGGGGCUUUUCAAGCCCAACAGCAGCAGUGCCAAAGGCAGCGCCGCUCGCGACCUGAGAGCGACGUUGACGAACCGGACAGUGUGGAUUCUCAACGGGUUUUUCUUUUUGUAUGUGGGCGCGGAGGUCACGGCGGGUGGAUGGCUUGUCCAGUUUCUCGUUUCAGUGAGACACGGUGAUCCCGAGAAAGUAGGCUAUAUAGCCUCCGCGUUCUGGGCCGGUUUUACCGUUGGACGAGUGGCUUUGGCAGACAUCACGCACAAGUUUGGCGAACGACGGAUGGUCUUCGUCUAUAUGACAUUGGCUAUCGCUCUACAGUUGUUUUUUUGGCUAGUGCCAAGUAUAACAGUCAAUGCCAUUACGGUGUGCUUCCUAGGGUUUUUCAUCGGGCCAUGCUAUCCGGUCGGACUUUACAUUCUUACCAAGGUGAUACCACAAGACCUGCACGUGGGAGCCAUGGGUUUUACUGCGAGUUUUGGACAGGCGGGAUCUGCCGCUUUCCCAUUCAUGACGGGCGCCAUAGCCUCGCGAGUUGGAGUUCAAGUCUUGCAGCCGAUCAUGGUGGGGUUGCUUGUUGGAGUUAUCGCCUUCUGGUCCUUGGUUCCCAGGCAGAGUUCGAGGAGUGCUUGAUCGGUUUAGCAAAUACAGGAGACCUGAGACAUCGCCCAUUUGCCUCGUUGAUAUGUUAGCAGAGUCAUUUUUCAAGGCGGUGAAAAGGUUUGUUGUGUAACGCUUAAGCAUAGUUCAGUUGUAUGCUUACGUGCAACCUGAAAUGGAACGGGUCUGGUUGAGCGGAGGCUGUUAAGGCCAUCGAAC